UCUCAUCUUUAUCAGUCACAAGUAUAGACAAACACAAUGUAAUUAAGAUAACACACAAUUAUAAUCUUUCAUGUCUUUAUUGAACACAUCCCUUUAAACAUUCACAGUGCUGUGGAAAUAGUAAGUGAACCCUUGGAUUUAAUAACUGGCUGAUCGUCCUUUGGCAACAAUAACCUCAAACCAAAUAGCUGCGGAUUCAACCUGCACAACGGUUUUUUUUCUGGACCAUUCUUCCUUACAGAACUGCUUCAGCUCAGACAUAUUCUUAGGAUGUCUGGUGUGAACGGCUCUCUUGAGGUCAUUCCACAGCAUCUCUAUUGGGUUAAGGUCUGGGCUCUGACUGGGACACUCCAAAAGGUGGAUUUUCUUUUUGUGAAGUCAUUCUGUAGUGGAUUUAAUUCGAUGAUUAGGGUCAUUGUCCUGCUGCAUCACCCAACUUCUACUGAUCUUCAGCUGGCACACAGCAACCCUGACAUUAUCCUGUAGGAUAUCUUGAUAAACUUGGGAAUUAAUUUUACCCUCGAUGAUGGCAAGCGGUCCAGGCCCUGAAGCAGCAAAGCAGCCCCAAAUCAUGAUGCUCCCUCCACCGUACUUCACCGUUGGGAUGAUGUUUUCAUGUUGUAUGACGAUGAAGGACUGUUGUGUGUCUCAUGGAAUCAGCUUGAUUGAUAGAUUUGUGGAUUGAUUGAUUGAUGGCUGAUGAGGCUCCAGGAUGCGCGGGAGCAGCGCUUUUAUCCCGGUGUCCACUGCUGCUGCUCUGCUGGUCACUGCAUCCACACUCUUCUUCGUCUUCACGUGUCCUUGGCUCGCUGAGCAUGUGUCUCUCGCUUUCCCACCAUGCGUCGGAAUCGUGUUCCUCUUUGUUAUGGCAAACUUCACCAUGGCAACGUUCAUGGAUGCCGGCGUGUUCCCAAGAGCUCAUGAAGACGAGGAUAAAGAAGAUGAUAUCCGUGCUCCGCUCCAUAAGAAUGUGGAGGUGAGAGGCGUGCAGGUGCGCAUGAAGUGGUGCGCUUCCUGUCACUUCUACCGGCCGCCCAGAUGUUCACACUGCAGCGUGUGUGACCAAUGUGUCGAGGAUUUUGAUCAUCAUUGUCCAUGGGUGAACAAUUGCAUCGGAAGGCGGAACUAUCGUUUCUUCUUCCUGUUCCUCCUCUCGCUCACUCUUCACAUGGUCGGUGUUUUCUCCGGCGGUCUUCUGUAUGUCCUCGAUCAUCUGGAGAACUUGUGGGAGCUGCAUGCUGCUGUCACGUUGGCGGUCAUGAGCGUCUCAGGUUUGUUUUUUAUUCCGAUCUUCGGUCUGGCCUGCUUCCAUCUGGUGCUCGUGGCACGAGGUCGCACAACUAAUGAACAGGUUACUGGAAAGUUCCAAGGAGGAGUCAAUCCAUUUACCCGUGGCUGCUGUGGCAAUGUGCAGUUUGUGCUUUUCAGUCCCAUCACUCCAAGAUACGUGGAGAAAUUUAGCGACCGAUUGCCGGUUCGCAUACAGCCUCCUUUCCAACGGCCAGAGUCUCAUAAACUGACCCCUGGGAAGAGUGCAGACGACAGCGUCCAGAACCAAAUACUGCCAGUGAUGUCUAUAGAUGAAGUGGAUGUUCCUGACAGUAAACGAUUGAACGCUCCACAGCCGCUGUCCCCGGAUCCAGUCCUGCUCAAGAACCAUCUAGCUGCUUUGGAAGAGAGUUUGCUCCAUUCCCGGACUGUGAUGCCUUCAGGACGCAAUAUAAAUAAACUUCACACUUCACAAUCGCCCACCAGAGUGCUGGACCAGGCUCCCAGAGAUCAGAUUGGGAAGAGAAAUUCUCCGCUGGUAUCUCAAGAUAUGGUGUCUGAACCGAGUCUGAUACAGUCUGAGAAUCAGACCACCGUCUCGACACACCUGCAGUCCAGCGCGCUCCCCGUGAACUCUCUGACUCUCAGUUUCCACUCGCUGAGUCUUAAACACGCCAACCGCCUGCGUACGGGAACUCUGGGUCCCCAUCCGACCCUCAGCAGCCGAGCGAGCAGCCUGUCAUAUGACAGUCUGCUGCGGCCGGGCGAGGUCGUCCAGCGAGGGGUGCUUGGUGUGGCAUACCAGACACCGUUCCUGCCCGUGGAUCCCGGUCUGUCCAGGGGUCUCGUCGACGUGCAGCGGAUUCCAGCACAUAACUGCAGCCCGGUGUUCAUGAACAUCAGCCGACAUUCUCCACAAAACCGUGAGCCGUCGCCCGUUCACUACGACAGCCUCCCCAAACCGGUAAUGAGCUCCAUUCAGGAGCGGCGAGAACCAGAUGACAAAGACAAGCCAGCACCGGGUUUCCCACAGGUGUCGCUCGCUCUCGGGACAGACACCAAUAUCUACGACACGCCUAGCAGACGCAGCCUGCCACAUGAAUUCCGGGGCCCUUUGUCUCACGGUCCCAUCCCACCGGCAUAUGGCUCGCGGGAGUUUCUCUUGAGCAGCGUGGCGUACGGUUAUGGCAGCAGAACUCAUCUCUCCUCCUCUUCAUCUUCCUCGCUCACCCGUGCUCCCAGGACCGCCAGCUUGCCCCUUCACUUCAACGCAGGGCUGCAGGGACGCUCGCUCUCGCCGUCUGUCUAUCACUCACUGGAACACCAGUCGCAGCUUUCACCCUCCAUUCCCGUCUGCUCUUCUGACUUCCUCCAACGGACAGCAGAAAGCGCUGGCAUUCAUCGCAACCUCAGAGAGCACAGACCUGAACCCAAACGUUGAGUCUUGAUUCCUAAAAAAUGUGUGUGUGAGUCAGGGGCAGAGCCAGGAGUUGGGUGGCCGGGCAGGGGCCAGCGAUCAGUCUGUGGUGGCACAGAAAUUUUUGGGCAGCAUUUUCAUAUAGUCGGACGGGGGUGGUUGCAAUGGGGUGGCCAGGCUUCGGUCCAUGGUUGCCACGGCCACCCCUAGCCACCCCCUAGCCCCGACACUGAUGUGAGUGUGUGUGUGUGUGUGUGUGUGUGUGUGUGUGUGUGUGUGUGUGUGUAACUAUUUAAAGACAAGGGUUCCUACGGUCGUGGACAACCUGGAAAUAUCAAGGAAUUUUCUCAAUUUUUUGGAAAGUACUUAUUAGAUUUAAGAUUUUUGCUUUGCUUGGCUGCGGUGUGAGGGACAAAAAUAUAUCCAGCCACAUAAAAUGACUUUAUAAUCGCUGUUUUGUAGCUUUUAGUACAUGUCUGUAGCUUUAAGAUCAUCUGUAUGCUCGUGUAUGCCUAAAAGUUGACAGUACCUCUUCCAGAAAAGCAGAAUAAAAAUAUUGAUGACUCAUCCUGCACUACACAGAUUUUUGCCCAAUCAAAUACUCUCUAGAACAGAAUGUCCCUCACCCUAAUACCACUAAUUAAUAUCAAUUUUAAAAAAUGACAUACAUUAACACAGGAAAGAAAUCCGUUAGGACUAAUAAACAAACGUUACAUCAGGACUUUUGAAAUCAUCCUUACGCCACUGUAAAUUUCUAUAGUGAAUCUACAUUUUUCUAGUUAUGCUCAGCUCUAAAAUAUUUCAGCACUCAUUGCUUUUUGUGUAUGCAGUCUCUGCAAAUAAAAUAAUUUUUACAGAAAGUAUCCAAUAAUCAUGAACGAAUGGAAAUUAAUUUGUCAAUAAGUGUAGAAACCCUGUAAGAGAUUUUUGUAGCUUUUUGUGGUUUUACAAGAUUAUAUUCUAUAUUUGUUGUGUUCUAUGAGCAAAGAGAAUAUAUGAAUGCACUGAAAGAGCUUCGUUCUGUGCUUUUAUUAAAAGACAUAGUUAUUUCAAUGAAUGAAUGAAUUAUACUUAUUAUAAUGUUUGUCUAAGUGUUAUUAUGGUAAGUGUAGCAGUACUGUGUUUUAUAAUUUGUUUAUUAGUUAAUAAAGUUUGUUUUCUUUAA